CUUGUACGAACAAAACCGUUCCAAAACCUUUACUCUCUCCGCGACUACAAAUCGGCCAUGGACAAGAGAGAGCAGAGCUCGGAAGCUUUCCAAGAGGAAGAAGCAGAAAAGACGACAGAAGACGAACACAAAGAAUUGGACGGAGUUGGUGACGAUGGUGACUGUGGAUAUGGCGUGGCGGAAGUUGGCGGUGAAGAGAGGCGGGAAUUCAGUGAGCUACCGCCGAUCGAAGCCGAGUCCGGAGGUCCUCAAUCCGAAACCCUAGCCGCUGCUUCGUCGUCCCUCCAAUUGUUCGACAGCGAUUACCAACUCUCAGGUGAUCUGACGGAGGUGCCGGUGGAUUAUGCUUUCUUAAGGCCCCUGGAAUCGGAGGAAUUCAAGAAUACAGUUGGGUUGUCCCAUCAACAAGCUCUGGUAAGUGUAACAACAGAGUCCACUCAGGUGCAGUCAAGGAAUCAAUUUCAGUCAGCUGGUUGUCCAACUUCUUCAUCAGAAUUAUCUCCAACUUCUGUUACACAGUCCAUUUCAUCCACUCCAAGCCCCACUCUUCUAGACCAGAAAAUUUCACCUGUAGCGAAUGCCAAUGGUGGAUGUAGACCACAAGUAGAACAGCAGAAUUCUGGUGAUGCUAAAACUACAUCUGCUGCACUUGUUCUAAAAACACCACUAACCAGUGUCUACAGUUGGCGGAAAUAUGGUCAGAAGCAGGUGAAAAGUCCUCAGGGUUCCCGAAGUUACUACAAAUGUACAUAUUCUGACUGUCAAGCUAAAAAGAUUGAGUGCUGCGAUCACUUGAACCGUGUCAUUGAGGUCAUUUCCAGAGGUCAGCACACUCACGAUCCACCUCAGAGAAUAAAUUGCACAAGGGAAAGUAGGUUUGCAGUUUCUGCUGCACCUGGUAGUAGAGUGCCUCCAUUGUCAUUGCUUAAUGAUUCAGAUCCAUCUACUUCUUCAAGAGAACCGAUACAAGAAACACCUUCACUGCAUGAAACAAAACAAGAAAGCCCAAAAGUGUCCAAACAGGCUGCUGAAGUUGAUAUUAAGGAAGAACAUGUUGAUGAACCAGAACCAAAACGAAGAUUGAAGAAAAACGACACGGCAUUUUCAGGCUCUGUAUUGAAGCCGGGAAAGAAACCUAAAUUUGUUGUGCGUGCGGCUGGUGAUGUGGGAAUUUCAGGAGAUGGCUACAGGUGGCGUAAGUACGGACAAAAAAUGGUAAAAGGAAAUCCUCACCCCAGGAACUACUACAGAUGCACCUCAGCUGGAUGUCCUGUCCGGAAGCACAUUGAGAGGGCAGUUGAUAACACUAGUGUAGUGAUAAUUACAUACAAGGGAAUACAUGAUCAUGAUAUGCCCGUACCUAAGAAGCGGCAUGGCCUACCAAGUGCUCCCCUUGUUGCUGCGGCUGCUCCUGCUUCCAUGAACAGCUCGCAAUUCAAGAAAACAGAAUCCACGACCCAGUGGUCAGUGGACAGGGAAGGUGAGCUAACAGGUGAGACGAUGGAUGCUGGAGAGGAGAAGGCAAUGGAAUCUGCUCGAACUCUUUUGAGUAUUGGUUUUGAAAUCAAGCAAUGCUGAAAGUCUGAUCGAAUACCCAACAGAGGGAAUGCACAAGUUCAUUGGAGGAGGCAAGAGAGGGAACCCAGAAACAGCAGUGUUCAUUGCCUAUCGCCAUAUAAAUUAUUAAAUUUGUGAGUUUGGUGGUUUUCUUCUCCCUGUAUGUUUCUUAGCCAUGUUGUAGUUUUUAAGAAACAGCAGUGUAUAUUUGUUAAGUAAAUUCGACUGGCGCGGAUGAAACAGGUUUCUAGUAUUGGUUGGUAAAGCUUUUUUCUGUUUUAUUGG